AUGACGGCUUCAGAGACCACACUUUCAAGAUUCGCAUCGUUCAGCGCAAGGGCAGUUGGAGCGGAGACUAUCAGGAUGUAUUUAUCGGCAGUGCGUCACUUUCACAUCCAGGAAGAGUACGUCGACCCGCUCCAAACGACACCUCGUUUGCAGUUCGUUCUCCGCAGCAUACGGAGAUCACAAAAGACUUCCCACAAUAGACCACUUCGACGCCCGAUCACGUUGCCAGUUCUUAGGAGUUUGAAGACGUCCCUGCACCUAUGGCCUCAGCUGUGCCGCAGAGAUAAGUUAAUGUAUUGGGAAGCAUUCACAACAGCUUUCUUCGGUUUCAUGCGGGUCUCACAAUUUACAGCAGCAAGCGACACGUCCUUCAACGAGCAGACAUUACGAGGAAAAAAAGUUCAGUUUAAGGAGGACAUGGUAGUGCUCCACUUACGAAUGUCCAAGUCAGACCCUUUUCAUCACGACUGCAAUGUAGUACUGGCUCCCACAGGGGGUCCCGUGUGCCCUGUACAUGCUCUCAAACAGUAUUUGGCAGUCCGGUGGAUGGACGUUGGCUUACUGCUCUUCUGCUUCCAGUCAGAAGCAUUUCUGUCGAGAGACAGACUUUCUUUUCAACUGCGAUCUUUACUGGAUAACGUGGGUAUAGAAUCGAGCUCAUACACCUCGCACAGUUUUCGAAUUGGAGCAGCUUCUAGUGCAGCGGCACCUGGAUUACCAGAGCAUUUGAUCCAAAGGAUGGGCCGUUGGACCUCUGAGUGCUUCAAGACGUAUGUGAGAUCGAAUAUUCAAGUGUUGCAGUCUGCGGUGUGUCGCAUGAGUGAGCGAAAAUAG